AUGGAGCUCGCUGCGCGCAACAAUAUGCCCAAGAAACGCUCGAGUCUGUCCAAGUUGUCGAAGAAGCUGAUGCACGACUGGUUCGAGCACAACUUGCACCACCCGUAUCCGACUGAAGAGGAGAAGAAAGCGCUGGCGUUGGAGAAGGCAUCACGCUGGAGCAGGUGA